GCUUGCUUUCUUCACAUGCCAAUCUGUACUUUCCUCGAAUGAUGAAAUUUUGGAGGAGUGCCGGUAGGUAGACCCGCGUAGGAGGCACCUGCCUAUCCACUAUCUGACUAUCUGACGGCAUCUCGACCACCACAUCGCCCCCUCGUUGGCGUCGUCUUACCACUUUUCCAAAUCAACGCACCGGUACGAGUAUCAAAGACAGAUCCCGAAUUACUAUCUACCAGUUUUUGGACCGCGAAUUGGGCGAUUCUUCUUGGUUUCAAUGUAAUCUUUCUUUCGCCAACCCCUCCUCCCAGCAGCGUCAUCCCACCAGCUAUUAUAUCCACUUCACCACGAAUAAUAACUCAACGACUCAAUCACCGCACAACCACUGCGGCCAGCACGCAAUGGAGAAAUACAGCCAGUUCCGAGAUAGGGGCUCAGGCAUAUCACCCUUCCUGCCCAUCGCUACGCCAACCUCGGUCUUCCGUAAUAUCGGCGGCGCCUGGCUCUUCCUCUUCCGGCUCCCGGUCUUCGUCUUAUGCUGCGCCAGCUUCUUCCUCGUGCUAGACCACAUUGCAUUACUGCCCGUUGGGCGAAAGAUCCUCCUAUGGCUUAUCCUAGCUACCUCCGGCGUCUGGUGGAUUGACCUGCAGCUCGACGGUGUGAAACGAGGAUCAUUGUCACAGCAAGAUGCGUCCCGAUUCCCCGCCGAGCGCGCCAUCAUCGCGGCCCAAUUCACGAGUCCCAUCGAUGCGCUGUACCUAGCUAGCGUCUUCGACCCCAUCUUUGUCGUCUCGUAUCCGGGGACUCGCAAAGUGAAGCGUGUAUCUCUUUUCCGUGCUGCUACUUUAGCACUCUCGUCGCCGAAUAUUAACGCUCCAGAAAAGGGAUUAACCGACCUUCGCACCCUCAUCAAAGAUAACCCACACCGAGUCAUCGCCGUAUUCCCCGAGAUGACGACCACGAACGGCAAGGGCAUACUCCCUCUCUCAACAUCGCUGCUGACGACUCCCCCCAACGUCAAAAUCUUCCCCGUUAGCUUGCGCUAUACGGCUCCUGAUAUUACGACCCCCGUGCCUGGUGCCUGGUCGUCGUUCUUAUGGAACUUGCUUAGUCGACCUAAGCACUAUAUCAGAGUGCGUAUCGCUGAGGGAGUGACCAUCACAUACCCCAUGAAUGGGCAUGGAGAGUCUGGGAACGAAAAUGGCAACGGAGAAAGCGCAGCAUUAGCGUUGGUAUCGACAGCCGCCAACAGCGAAGAACAGAAACUAUUGGACCACAUCGGCGAAUCACUUGCCAGACUAGCAAGAAACAAGCGCGUGAACCUCACGCUUCAGGACAAGAUGAAAUUUGCGGCAGCAUGGUCCAAUGAGAAGAACAAGAAGAAACUAUCAUAGGCUAUAUGUCUCCAGCGGUUCAUACGGUCUUGUUUUACACGGUUUCAUACAGUUUUGGGUGAAAAGUUACUGCAUCCUUAUUGGUUUUGUUGGAGGAGGGACUGGCAUGCAUCGUUUUUGUUCAUGCCUCUUUUGUGUUUGGUGCCCUCUGGCAUUUGUUCCGAAUCACUAGCAUAAGCAAGUUAGAUAAGAUACCUGCCAGAACCGGUGGCAAGGCGAAAAGCGAUGUUUCCAGGUGUCACUUUAGUACGGCGUUAGGCCUUUUUACCGAGAAAAAGUCUUUGCAAGCCUACCUCACCACAGUCAAUGAAAACUAUAUUUAACUA